AUGCCCUUCACGGAGCGAUCUCCUUCGCCCAAGCUUGGCCUGUCUCGCUCGGAGCCAGCGCAGACAGCGAGUUCGACGACAACGCGCUCGCCGCGGAAGCGUUCCUUAGACGCGUCGACGUCAGGCACAUCAAAUGAUGCGCUCCGGCAACGCUCCUCUACCGAGACGCGCUUCUCCUCGCGUACCGUCUCAGUGCCCGGAUCGAUAUCUACGACAGCUCCGUCCACGCGCAACACGUAUGGUGAUGAGCCUAGCACGCCUUUGACGUCUGAGCGACCGUCAUCGGGCUCUACGUCCGGUGGUCCCGUUCUCGCACAUGCUUCUAAAAGUUCUCACGUCAGCAUCGACGGUCAUCUUCAACCUCCUCCCUUAGGUGUCCAUCGACCAGCGCGUCGGAAUACGACGGGCUCUGCGACAACUAGUUUGUCUUCCCGACCGUCACAUGCAGCAUUGUAUGGGCAGCACUAUGGACACCUUCCUCACCAUCGCGGAAUGGCAUUCGAUGACACCGAUGCAUACACCGCGGCGCACUCGGCGGCACAUGCCCAGAUGCUUGGGCUUACGCCCAAGCCUGAUGGCACUCUUGGGUUUGGCGAAUUAGACUCAGAUAUCCUUAUUCAAGCGGAUCAGAUCCGACGUGAACGUACUGCCAAGCGAAGACAACAGGAACAACAGGAGGCGGAAAUGGCAGCGCUCACCAAGGCAGCGGCCAAGGACGAGAAACAGGUUUUAGUGGGGAAUUUGAUUGGCGAAGGACAUGUGAACUACGUAUUGAUGUACAACAUGCUAACUGGCAUUCGGAUAGCUGUGUCUCGGUGUCAAGCCAAGAUCAAAAAACCGCUCACGGAUGAGGACUUUUCAGCACGACAUAAAUACUCAUUUGAUAUUGUUGGAAACGAGCUUACUCCAUCAGCAAAGUACGACUUCAAAUUCAAGGAUUAUGCGCCUUGGGUAUUCCGCGAACUACGGGAAGAGUACUUCGGCCUUGAUCCUGCCGACUACCUCCUCUCACUUACUGCCAAGUACAUCCUCUCAGAGCUCGGUUCACCCGGGAAAUCAGGAUCCUUCUUUUACUUCUCCCGUGAUUAUCGAUUCAUCAUCAAAACCAUUCACCACACGGAACAUAAGUUCCUGCGCAAGAUUCUGAAGCAGUACUACCAACACGUGCAGCGUAAUCCGCAUACUCUUCUCUCGCGGUUCUACGGUCUUCAUCGUGUCAAGUUGCCUCAUGGGCGGAAGAUUCAUUUCGUAAUCAUGAAUAAUCUCUUUCCGCCACAUAAGGAUAUCCACGAGACAUAUGACUUGAAGGGCUCAACUAUUGGGCGCGAGUAUCCCGAGGAGAAGGCUGCGAAGAACCCAAGGGCGGUGUUGAAGGAUUUGAAUUGGAUCAAGAGAGGGAAAUCAUUAGAAUUGGGUCCGGAGAAGCGGGCGCUUAUUACCGAACAACUAAGGCGGGAUUCGGAGUUGUUGAAGAGCCUAAACGUGAUGGAUUACAGUUUAUUAGUGGGUAUACAUAAUAUGCAGAGGGGGAAUAGAGACAUGGUACGGAAGAAGACGCUUAAAGUUUUCUCGCCACCAGUCAUGCCCGUAGUCAAGCGCAAACCGACGGCAUUAAAAGGGCACUCUCCUGAGGUAGUUGCGAUGCGAAAAGCAAUGCGAAUAUCGGCGCCUGAGGGGUUAGGGUCGUCGCAGGCUUUGAAUCUUCCUGAAGAAGAUACUGGCGACCGUCAACAGUUCCUCUUCUAUCAGGACGAUGGAGGAUUACAAGCCACAGACGAACAAAAUCAACCGAUGGAUACGAUUUACUAUCUUGGUGUUAUUGAUAUCCUUACGCCGUAUACCACGCUGAAGCGCGCGGAACAUCUUUGGAAAGGGCUUUCCGCUGAUAUUCAUAAAAUCAGUCCUGUCCCUCCUACCGAAUACGCAGACCGAUUUUUCUCGUUCAUGAAAGCUGUGAUGCGUGGAGGAGGUGGAGGGUCGAGAUUCAAAGCCGAAUAA